AUGGAUGAAGAUGAAAAUAAACUUAUAGCCCUUAACCUUGAAGGCGAGGACCAUGAUUUACUAUCUACGACAAGUUUUUUCUCUCAGGCAUCCGAGCAUGAGGAGAAUGUUGAUGAGACUAUUGGUGUUGAAAAUGGUGAAGGUAAUUAUGUUGUUGAUCCAUAUAUCGAAAUGAAGUUCUCUACACAUGAGGAAGAUUAUAAUUUCUAUGAUGCAUAUGCCAGACUUAAGGGAUUUGUUAUUCGCAAGAGUCAUACAUCUUGGUCGAGAAAGAAAUAUGCAAUUAUAUCUAGAACCUUUGUAUGUGACAAAGAAUGCUUUAAAUUUUUAAAAGAUAAAAGAGAAUAUCGUCGGAAUGUAAUUCAAAAAUCCGAUACAAGAUGUGGAUGCAACGCAAGGAUGGUUAUUGGAGUUGUUAGAAGCACUUGA